CGGAAAACGUGUCGUUUCGAGAAUGGUUGGCCCGAGAUCCUGUCUGUUAAAUGUACUGGGAUGAGCUCCGAGGAGUGUCAAUCCCAUGGAAAUGGAGACGGCGUUGGGGUUGAGGAACCGGUACUGGGUCUUGCGGCACGGCAAGAGCAUCCCCAAUGAGAAGGGUCUCGUUGUUUCCUCGCUGGAAAAUGGCACACUUCCGGAGUAUGCAUUGGCCUCGGACGGUAUCGAUCAGGCGCGAGUGGCCGGCGAGCUGUUUCUCCAGGUGCUGAAAGAAAAUAAUAUUCUGCUAGAGAAUGUCCGUAUUUGUUACUCGCCAUUUGCAAGGACAAGCCACACUGCGAGGGUUGUUGCGUCGGUUCUGAAUAUUCCAUUCGAGGGUCCUCAAUGCAAGGUGAUGGUGGAUCUUCGGGAACGUUACUUCGGACCUUCGUUUGAGCUCAAGUCACAUGAUAAAUACGCUGAAAUAUGGGCACUCGAUGAGAAAGAUCCAUUUCAAAGGCCAGAAGGCGGAGAAUGCGUCGACGAUGUUGCUUCCAGACUUGCAAAAACUAUGGUUAAUAUUGAGACGGAAUUUCAAGGAUGCGCUGUAUUGAUCGUUAGCCAUGGCGAUCCACUGCAGAUUUUGCAGACAAUAGUUUCUGCAGCUAAACUAGGAAAUCCAAACGGAAACGAGUUUUCAUCAAGCAUACAAGCAACCAGAACCUUUGCAGUAUUAUCACAACACCGAAAGUUUGCCUUGCUUACCGGAGAACUCAGGGCACUCGCAUAGUUCGGGGCCUUUUCCUUUGGUUUAUCAGCCUUUCAGUUCAGCGGACUUACAUGUCUGGACUAGAUUCUGAUAAAUUCAUUUGACACUUCUUCAUUGACAGUGUCGAGUAAUUAUGAAUACAUCUUUGCCAUAUUAGUAGCUACAUACU